AUGAAGUGCACGAGUACAUACCUGGUGAAAGAAGCCGUGGAUGUUGACAAGACUUGGGCUAUGUUCUUUGAAGGAUCAUCAUACGACACGGUUGGAGAAGCAGGGGUAGUGUUCGAAGCCCCACGAGGCGAUCUGCUCUCAUACUCAUUCAAGUUUGACUUCCCAUGCAGUAACAAUGUUGCCGAAUAUGAAACGCUAAUUCUAGGACUCAGGAUGGCGAAGGAACUCAAUUUAGGAGGCGUUGAAGUUAAGGGCGACUCAAAACUGGUGACAAACCAAGUAAAUGGCGACUUCCAUGUCAAAGAAGCGCACUUGGCGCCCUGUCGAGCAGAAGCCCAGAGACUAAUGAACCAGACAGGGUCAACAUUAGACCAUAUAGGUAGAGGAGGGAAUCGACAUGCAGACGCUCUAGCAACCCUGGCAAGCAAGGUGCAGUUAAAUGGUGAAGAAGAAUGCACGAUCACGAUACGAAGAAAGGAGCUGCCCAGUACAUGGAAAGAGGACCUAGCCUUCGAAGAAGCAGACGACUAG